AUGGCUCCCCCCCCACGCCGCAGGCCGCGGGUGGCGACGUUGGCGGUAGUGGCGGCGCUUGUGGCGGCGCUCCCCGGGGCCCUUCAGAAGUGCGUCUUUGACGAGGUCCAGGCCCGGGCCAGGGUGGUCCGCGCCGCGCCCGUCCCACCCCCCGCCGCCAGCCACCCCCCCCAAACCGACGGGCGCCCGAGAGCGGCCUCCCCGCAGCCAAUCAGGAUCCGGACGUGGACGCCGGCCGAGAGCGACGGCCUGUCGGGGGCCGAGGGAGAGCGGCUGCAGGCGGCGGUGGACGAGGCCGUGAGGACGGUGUCCUCUUUACUGUCAGUGAACAGAGGGCCGGGUCCGUUGCUGCUCAGCAGAGACGUCAAUAAAUACUGCAAGUUUCUGUGGAAGAAUUCAAGUACCGCCAACUACAACAGGUGUGGUCGAGCCAACAAAAACUACCGAGCUGAGACCUGCCUGGACGUGACGAUCCCGGACGACCACCUGGCCGGAUGUGACGUUUACCCGCACGCCGACUCCCCCCGGAGGACCCGGCUGCGUCCCGACGGCGCCGGACUCCCCCGCAGCGACUUCCUGCUGUACCUCCACGUCCGGGCCACCGACAAGUGCCGAGCGGAGCCCGGCGUGCUGGCCUACGCCGCGCACUGUCGGACGGACCCGUCCGGGCGGCCCUUAGCCGCGGUGGUGGUCAUCUGCAGGGACAAGCUGACGGGGGCCACGCACGGCCGGCGGGCCACUGCACAGACCGUGAUCCACGAGCUGUUUCACGCGCUCGGUUUCUCCAAAGAGCUCUUCCACACCUGGAGGGACUGUUCCUCCACUUUUCAAGGUGGCGCUCGCUGCUCCCCUCGAGGCCGGGUGACUCACUCCGACGGGUGGGGCCAGAUGAGGGUGUACACCCCGUCCGUCAUCUCGGCCCUGCAGAGCCACCUGGCGUCCACUCACCCCGAGCUCGGCGGCCCGCUAGAGAACCUGGACGUCCCUCCGGGCAGAGUGUCCUCUCACUGGGAGUCCCGGGUCCUGCAGGGCUCCAUCAUGGCGCCGGUGCUGGGGGACCCGACCACGGUCCGGAUCGACCCGGUCACCUUGGCCGCGUUGCAGGACACCGGCUGGUACGCGGUCGACCUGAGCCGGGCCCAGAGUCUGGUCUGGGGAGAAGGUGAAGGAACCACGUUUGGGUCGCUUUCAGCCUGCAACAAGUCAUCGGCCUUUUUCUGCACCGGCAGUGGGUUUGGGUGUCAUUAUCUUCACCUCCACAAGGGGGAGUGCCAGACUGAUCCGCACCUGGAGGGUUGCCGCCUGUAUAAACCCCUUAAGAAUGGAAGUGAAUGCUGGAAAGAGGAAAACGGCGAAGAAGAGCCUUGGAGCGGGGAGCUCUUUGGUUUUCACAGCCGAUGCUUCUUCUCCAACCUGACCAGACAGAACCGGAGUGGCGGCUCUGUGGCGGGCCGCUGUUAUAGACACAUGUGUACCGGACCGAACCGAUACCGGAUCCAGGUGUCAGGCUCUGAUUGGGUGGACUGUCCAGCAGGGGGCGCCAUUCAGAUAAAAGGGUACCGGGGCUCGGUCCACUGCCCUGACCGGAGGAUCUGUCUGUACGCCGACGUCACUCCCCCUGCGGACGCCGUGGGCACAACUCCGACUCCAACCACGAGGCAAGUACCGCUCUAAACAAGCCCCCCCCCCCCCCCCCCCCUGAUCUUCAUUCCAACGUGCAACUCGCACUUACUUAUGCGCGGUUGCUUUUCGCCCAGUGGGACUUUGACCUCGGCCCGCAACCGGACCCGGCCGCCCCUCGGGGCCCCCGUGGGGCCGACCGCCGCCUCUGCGCUGGGCGCCAUUGCUGCGGUGUGUGUCCUGGCUGCAGCCGCGGCGUCUCACAGGAAGCGUUGCCUCUGCAGGGGCCGGAACCGGGUCCGGGUCCACUCUGAGGGUCACACCCACCCGCAGCCGGCACCGCCCUCUUAAAACCCCGCUGCACAUG